GUUCUAAUGUGAGUCUUAAGCCUGGUUAAUGAACAAGCGCCGUUACUUGCUCUGCUCCACCUUUUUGUAACGACUAGCGCUCUUCGCAGCUCGCGUGAGGAAUCUCUUCACAACAACAUUCACACUCACGCUCACGCUAUUUCUACAAUACAACACAGUAUUUACAGCACUUGCGUGAGACACACGGUCAUAUAUCGAAAUGGCCAACAAGGACGACAAGAAGAAGCAGACCCAGAAUGACCCUAAGAACAAGGGCAAGGGCAAGGGCUUCGACAAGGAGUUGACGAGUCGUGCUGGGUCGCAGAGCGGACAGCACAGCUCGUCGGCUCAAGGUGCCAAGAAUGGCUCUGGUACCGUCAGCAAGCUUUUGAAGGUCGUGCCACGCAACACUCUCACGCUUGGGUCGUCGGAGAGCAAGAUCGGCGAACUUGGAGUGGGCACGGUGAACCAGCAUACCGGCGCGCUGGCCAAGAACCAGAUAUGUCUGUCCACCGUUAAUGACAACACCGCGAUUGUCUUUAACGGUGAUAAUGAGUCCUGCCUGUCCCAAGUCGCGGAUAUAGCGAGCCAAGUCAGGAAAGAAGGGCAGAGCGUGUCAGGCUUCUUGAUGAUGACUGACGAGAAGACGUUCUUUGAGCCGGGCGCCAAAAGGAAGUUUCUUGCGCUGGAUGACAUGGGCGACGAGAAGUUAGAGGCAGCCUGGGCCAGAAAACAGGCUAAAGCUUUGCCUACUACAGGCCAGGGGGACCAGCAGAGUUCUGGCCGCGGUCAGGCAGACAACCGCCCCAAGCCCAAGGGUGAUGGUCAAGACCAAGGCCGACCUUACAACAAGCGCCAGAGACGGCUCUUUUGCGUUGGGUGUGAGUCCGACAAGCAUUGUCUGGACACAUGCCUCAAGGCUGGCGACAACGGGCUCAUGAAGGGUUGCCCGCUCUGCAAUACCCUCGAUCAUCAAGCCAGCAACUGUCGUAGCGGGUUGCUCAAGGUCAAGAAGGACAGAGUGUACCAGUUUGUCUUCAAGCGACGCAACAUGCCAAGCUUCUUGAACUUCAAGAGCUGGUUCGAGCUUGUCUCUGCCAAUGUCAGGCCUACGGAUCGAGAGUGCUUCCCGUGGACCCCCGAGUUCACCAAGUCCAACGCCGCUCACAUUGAGCAACUCCAGAAUCAGCUGGACACCCAUGGGUUCAGAGUCACAAAGCUGCCCGUGGAUCCCAAGUUGAUGGGGUGGACGGCUGUACAGGCCCAUUACAGGAGCCUCGUUGGAGAGGGGAAAGAGAAAGCUCUGGCUGAGGCGCGAUCCAAGGUGACUCCUCUGUCAGAUGAGCAGAAGGCUAUGGCGUGGAUGCUGCGUCCUAACACGAAGUUUCCCACUGGGCUCUAUCGAGAUGAGCAGGUUAAUGAAGAUGUUGAGAUGGGUGACAACGCCCAGGCUGAGAAUGCUCCUCAAGCUGAGGAACAAUCUGCGGCUGCUGCUCAAGUCGAAGGCGAGUCUGGCGUCACUCCUGUGCUCGAACAAGAGCCUGUGGCUGCCAACGGCGAGUCUGAGAUCCUUGCACAGGCAAAGGAAGAGCAAGAGCUGUCGCAUCGACGACCCUGGGAUGAGGAUUCGGAAGAGGAAGAUGAAGAGGUAGAGAUUGAGGGCGAUGACGAUGAUGAUGAAGACGGCAUGGCGCGAAGGAAGAUACUCCAGAAGAAGGCUGAGAGCGAAAGGAUCGCCCGUGCCAAGAGCUCUGCCUCUGAAUUGUGAUAGUCUAGGGUGUUAUAGGAUGGGUAGUCGGGUGAAAUAGUCACCAUAAAGUCUGAUUAAUUGAAUUGUCGUCACCGUCACUUUGAAUGCCCACUUAAACCCUUAAAUGUGUGACAUGAUUGUAGAUCUCGUUUACAGAUGUAUUUUUGAUGUCCAAUACUUGUGUGUGUUGAAAACCUGUUUUUCCGC